CUCUGGCUGUUCCCCGGCUGAGGCGGGGCGGCGGGAGUUAUGGCGGCUGUGACCGAUGUGCAGCGGCUACAGGCCCGUCUGGAGGAGCUGGAGCGCUGGGUGUACGGGCCAGGCGGGUCGCGCGGCUCGCGGAAGGUGGCUGAUGGCCUGGUCAAGGUGCAGGUGGCUUUGGGGAACAUUGCCAGCAAGAGGGAGAGGGUGAAGAUUCUGUACAAAAAGAUUGAAGACCUAAUCAAAUACCUGGAUCCUGAAUACAUUGACCGCAUUGCCAUACCUGAUGCCUCCAAGCUGCAGUUCAUCUUAGCAGAGGAGCAGUUUAUCCUCUCCCAGGUUGCACUCCUGGAGCAGGUGGAGGCUUUGGUGCCCAUGCUGGACAGCACUCACAUCAAAGCCGUUCCUGAGCAUGCCGCCCGCCUGCAGCGCUUGGCCCAGAUCCACAUCCAGCAGCAGGACCAGUGUGUGGAGAUCACUGAGGAGUCCAAGGCUCUCCUGGAGGAAUACAACAAGACUACAAUGCUUCUCUCCAAGCAAUUUGUGCAGUGGGAUGAACUACUCUGCCAGCUAGAGGCUGCCAAGCAAGUGAAGCCAGCAGAGGAGUGAUGGCUGCUGCCCAUCCCAGGGUGCACCAGGGCCUUGUAACAGGGCAGAGCAGAGGCAGUUCUGUAUUUAUUGGAUUCAUGACCUACAUGUCUGCACUCAGGUAGAGCUCUGAGGUCAGAGGUCUGGCUACUUGAGAUUUGCUAUUUGCACCCCCUCCCCUCAUCAGUGCCCUAUUCCAGUGACAAUAAACUGUGGAGACCACUGA